CACAGCUGCUCCUCAUUGACGAGUGAGGUGGUUGCCUGUGGAGGGAGGAUAAUUGUUACUCAGAGCAAUGAGCUACUAGUGGGUAAAACUGAGCAAAUGUGUUGUGCAUAAUCUGUUGGGUGUGGAGUGCUAGUGUAGAGUGACUCACCUGUCUUUUCUGUGUCCUCUCCAGGGUGUUUGGACAAAUGCUGCCCCGGGGGUCCAGACACCAUAUAUAGUCUCUGGGAGAGGCCAUUGAAAAGUGUGGGGGGGGGAAUUGUUUAUGGGUUUUGUGGUGUUUCAUCUGGUGUAAUGAUAAAACAUAAAAUAUUUAUAAAAAGUAAAUAGAAAUGUUUAUAUUUAGUAAAAGGUAUUUUAAUUACAUAAGUGGAUAUUGAUGAAUUGAGAUUCCCCUGUGAAUUAAAGGUGGUUUGAUCCGUCACAGCUGGGACUAUUUAAGACUGCAGUUUUCACCUGUGAAGUGUUGGUUGAUGUUGUGUGAAGAAUAAAACCACUGCUGUUUUCCACCUGACUCUGCCUCAACGCUUCGUCACUGUAAAAUCCUACCGCGAACGGCUACCUUGUUACAAGUGGUGUCAGAAGUGUGCCAUUCAUGCCACAGUGAGAAGAUGAUGACCAGAGGUGGUAAAAAGCUAGGCCAAGAGGGAGAGCCUGAUGAAGGAGCUGGAGCUUCCUCUGAAAUGGAGACCAUGGCAGCGACCAACCCUGAAGAUAAGUUGGAGGAACUGGCAGUGUUGGUCAAAUCUAUUAUGCGGUCUCAAGUGGCUAGAGACCUGAAGAUUGAUAAAGAUUUUUCCCGCCAGGAGCAAAGGUGGAAAAGCAUACAGCAUCAAUUUCAACAAAUGCAGCUUCAAGUGCAUGCUGUACUUGACAGACCUGAUGUAUCAGAAGCACAUGAUCAACCCACAACAGCUGAAGCACAUGAAGAAGAAUCAGAUGGUGGUGAUGUCCAGGUAGCUCAUGGUUCCAGGUCCAUAAUUGAACCAAGAUUUCUUCCCUUAUCCACGGAUGACGACAUUGAGCAUUUUCUGAUGACGUUCGAGAGGAUGGCCCAGGUGUGUCGUUGGUCUAGAGAUGAGUGGGCGGUCCGUCUUGUUCCUCUGCUGACAGGCAAGGCCCGCACAGCCUAUGUUCUAAUGGAUAUGGCUGACUCUGAGAACUAUGACAACGUGAAAGAGGCAAUUCUGGCAAAAUAUGAAAUCACUGCUGACACUUAUCGACGCCGCUUCAGAUGCCUGAAGAUUGAACCAGGUGAGACGCCACGUGAACUUUAUGUGCGAUUGAAAGACUUGUUUUCAAGAUGGAUUAAACCUGAUAAAUCUACUGUGCAAGAAAUAUCUGAGCAGAUAAUUCUGGAGCAGUUUUUAAGAAUGGUUAAUCCAGAGUUGGAGAUCUGGAUACGUGAGCGUGACCCGAAGACGGCAAAAGAAGCAGCUACUCUUGCGGAGGUCUUCACAUCAGCCAGGAAGGGGAGCAAGAGCACCUAUUUUGGCCGAGAGACUCACUAUGCCCUAUCAAGUAAGUCCACUGGGGGUGAACAGGGCUCUGGUCAAAGUCAGACUAGAAAUGUUUCUAGUUCAAAGCAGUUCCCUUCCCAAAGACCUCCCAAUGUUAAAAAGUCAUUUCCCAAGUCUUCAGUCCAAGAUAUUAGAUGUUACAACUGUAAUGGCUUUGGCCAUACACAACACUUCUGCCCCACCCUUAAAUCAAAGCCAUCACUUUUGUGUUCAGUUCCAAGACCAGCUAUUGAGGCUGUAGAAAAGAAAGUGUGCACUGUUUCUGUUCUAGUUAAUGGGCAGAAAGAAGAAGCUUUGCUUGAUUCUGGGUGCUUCCAGUCUCUAGUGCGUGCUAGCUUACUCUCAGAAGAAAAGCUAAGUGGGGUGGGGGUUAAAAUAAGCUGUGUACAUGGAGAUGAACAUGUCUACCCUAGUGCUGAGGUGUAUUUGACAGUGGGAGGUCAAACAUACCUGGUACAAGUAGCUGUAGUUCCCUCUUUGCCAUACUCAGUUAUACUUGGUAAUGAUAUUCCCACUCUCUUUGACCUUAUUCACCAGUCAGACUAUGAACCCCAAGUGCUUACCAACAGAGAUGCAGGGGAUUUAGGUCCUACAUCUGAUAUACCAGUAGAACCAUUGAAACCUUGCAAUGUAGUCACAAGAGCUCAAAGUUCAAAGACGGUGUUGGAAGAGCUGCCCUUUUUUGGGGAGUCUCUGGAGACAAGGCUAGGAAAAACUAAAAAGUCAAAAGCUCAGAAAAGAAGGGAGAAAUUCAAAGGCUCAGGUGAUGAAGGGAUAGAACAGUUGUCUAAGCCAAAUAACUUGUUUGAGUUUGAUAUUCCCUCAGAUUUAGGUGCACUACAGAGAGAUGAUCCUACUUUAAAACCUUGGUUUGAAAAAGUAACUGGAUUGGGAGGAACUAAUCAGCGCCGGUUAGACUUCCUGGAAGAUGCGGUGUACAUAAUCAAAGGAGGUAUUUUAUAUCAGAAGAAGGGACAGUGUGAAACAUUAGCCCUUCCACAACAGUUCAGGCACAAAGUUAUGGAGCUGGGCCACUCAAUUCCGUGGGCAGGUCAUAUGGCUUUUCAUAAAACGCUGAGUAGAAUCAGUAGCCGGUUUGUUUGGCCAGGAAUGUAUACCCAGAUUUCUAAAUUUUGUAGUUCCUGUGAAAAAUGUCAGCUGACUUCAGGCAGAGGAGUAGCACGAGCCCGGCUACAACCGCUGCCAAUUAUUGAAACACCUUUUGAAAGGCUCGGCAUGGAUAUUGUGGGCCCAUUAGAAAGGAGCUCGACAGGUUACCGUUAUAUAUUGGUGAUAUGUGACUAUGCUACACGGUACCCUGAAGCUUUUCCUCUCAGAUCCAUUAAAGCCCGACAUGUUGCUAAUUGUCUCCUGCAGUUUUUCUCUAGAGUAGGAAUACCAAGAGAAAUUCUCACAGAUUGUGGGACAAACUUUUUGUCCAAACUAUUGCAGCAGGUUUAUAAAUUAUUAGGAAUUAAGGGACUUAAGACCACCCCUUACCACCCCCAAACGGACGGGCUAGUGGAAAGAUAUAAUCAGACUCUCAAAAAUAUGCUGCGCAAGUUUGUCUCUGACACAGGUGCUGACUGGGACCAAUGGCUGCCGUACCUGUUAUUUGCUUACCGGGAGGUACCACAAGUGUCCACAGGUUUCUCACCCUUCGAACUAUUGUAUGGGCGUCAAGUGAGAGGUCCGCUGGAUCUACUGAAGGACUGUUGGGAAGACGCUAAGCCAGAGGGGGAAAACAUUGCAGCAUACGUCAUCAACAUGAGAGAGCGAUUGCAGGAAAUGGCAUCUUUUGCACAGGACAACAUGAAAGCAGCUCAACAACAUCAAAAGACAUGGUACGAUCAGAAGGCCAGAGACAGAGUCUUCUUGCCAGGACAGAAGGUUCUGUUACUGCUUCCUACCAGCGACAACAAGCUGCUGACAAAAUGGCAUGGACCAUAUGAGAUCACCAAACAAGUGAGUAAAGUGGUUUAUGAACUGUACAUGCCGGAAAGAGCUAAAAAGCAUCAGACCUUUCAUGUCAACUUGUUGAAAGAGUUCCACAGCCGACAGGAGCCUGUGCACCAGGAGUUAUUUGUGAGAGCAGUUGAGGAUGAGGAGGUGACUGAAAAUUUUUUUCCAACUAGCAUGUCAGACUGUGCUUUGGUUGACAUUUCUCAUCUGUCCCCUACUAAGCAGGACAAAAUCAAACCUCUCUUGGACCCUCAGCUCUUUCAAGAAGUUCCAGGAUUUACAUCACUGGUUCACCACAAGAUUCGGCUGAAAGAAGAUGCACCGAGUCGUCAAAAGAGCUAUCGCAUACCAGAGCGGUUGGUUCCAGUACUGGAAAAAGAAAUAAAGCUGAUGCAGGAUUUGGGUAUAAUUGAAGAGUCUAGUAGUGAGUGGUGCAGCCCGAUUGUGUUGGUACCAAAGAAAGAUGGCUCCCUGAGAUUUUGCAUAGAUUUUAGAUAUUUAAAUGCUGUGUCCAACUUUGACCCGUACCCGAUGCCCAGGGUGGACGACCUACUGGAGAAAGUUGGUUCAGCAAGUUACAUCACAACGCUGGAUCUGUGCAAAGGAUACUGGCAAGUGGCGUUGGCACCAGAGGCAAGAGAGCUGACCGCCUUUAAAACUCCUUUUGGUAUGUACCAAUUUAGAGUCAUGCCAUUUGGGCUACAGGGUGCGCCAGCAACAUUCCAACGUUUAAUGGAUCAUGUACUGAGAGAUGUUUCAGCAUUUUCUGCAGCAUAUUUAGACGAUGUUGUGGUGUACAGCCAGUCCUGGGAGGAGCAUCUGAUUCACCUGCAGGAGGUCCUACACCGCAUCAGGCUGGCUGGACUGACUGUUAACCCAAAGAAGUGUAAUGUAGCCCAGAGAGAAGUGGAGUACUUAGGUUUUGUCAUUGGAUUUGGGAAAAUAAAGCCUCAAGUGGGGAAGAUGGACGCAAUCCAUUCCUUCCCGGUUCCAACUACAAAGAAGAAGGUGAGAGGAUUUCUUGGUUUGGUGGGCUGGUACCGGAAAUUCAUACCUUCUUUUGCCGAACGAGCAGCUGUACUGAACCAUCUAACAAAGGGUGCAGCCCCCAACAAAGUGUGCUGGACAGAAGAUUGUGAUCGAGCCUUCAAAGAUCUCAAGCAAGCGGUAUGUACUCAUCCUGUUUUGCACACACCAGACUUCACUAAGCCAUUCAUCUUACAAACAGAUGCUUCGGGAGUGGGACUUGGAGCUGUCCUUCAACAGGAGGUGGACGGUGAAAGAAGACCUGUGGUGUUUCUGAGUCGGAAGCUGCUUGACAGGGAGACGAGAUAUUCAACAGUGGAAAAGGAGUGCUUGGCCAUGAAGUGGGCUAUUGAGGCCCUGAGGUAUUAUCUUUUGGGACGUCACUUUAUUCUAGAGACGGACCAUCGUGCCCUCCAGUGGUUGAGACGAAUGAGGGAUGCCAACGCCCGUAUCGCUGGAUGGUACUUGUCACUGCAGCCAUUUGACUUCACAGUCCAGUACAAGCCAGGGAAGUCUAAUGUGGUUGCUGACUGUUUAUCCAGAGUGUCAGAGGACUGAGGGUGUUUGGACAAAUGCUGCCCCGGGGGUCCAGACACCAUAUAUAGUCUCUGGGAGAGGCCAUUGAAAAGUGUGGGGGGGGGAAUUGUUUAUGGGUUUUGUGGUGUUUCAUCUGGUGUAAUGAUAAAACAUAAAAUAUUUAUAAAAAGUAAAUAGAAAUGUUUAUAUUUAGUAAAAGGUAUUUUAAUUACAUAAGUGGAUAUUGAUGAAUUGAGAUUCCCCUGUGAAUUAAAGGUGGUUUGAUCCGUCACAGCUGGGACUAUUUAAGACUGCAGUUUUCACCUGUGAAGUGUUGGUUGAUGUUGUGUGAAGAAUAAAACCACUGCUGUUUUCCACCUGA